AUGGAAUCUCCGAAAACUUUUUCAGAAAUCGAUUCUGCAUCUCUCGAUGAUCUGAGAAAGCUAAAAGUGGAUGAACUGAAAAAGAUUCUCAAAGAUCAUGGCCAGCUAACUUCUGGGRAAAAAGCAGACCUGGUCAUUCGAUGCCAUGUGCUGCAAGAAAGAGCAAAAUCAUCCWCUCCCACUGCUACUCCAGUUUCAGCAAACGUUCCUCUCGUUACAACAGCAUCUUCGAGCCGAGUAGACAACAGAGAGGUGACUUACGGAAGCCUUGCAGCACGCGCCGCUGGUUCUGCUUGGACGAAUGAUUUGCGCAAGUUACCUCCGUUCGACUUCCUCAAACUUUACGACUACUUGGUUAUAAAAACAGCUAAGUAUGAUCACGCCUCCAUUCGCCAAGCUGGCUACAAAAAGCUUAAGGCUUUUCAGUUUUUCAAGGAAGGAAAUAUAAAAAAACUGGAAGUGGGAGUACGAGACAAACUUACUUACGUUAAAGGGGAAGUUUUGGCUUCCAUGAAGCAGGAAAAAUAUGGUGUCAUGAUUGUGCUUGACAGCRAAAGCGGCGAAGUUUCACAAGCCGCAUGUCAAUGCCCGGCAGGAAAAAAUUGAUGACACUGAAAUUGAAAGAGUAGAGCGUAUCACAAGAGGGCAACAUUCCAAUCAGGCGUGGAGAGACCUAAGAAAAGUGAAACUUACAGCAUCUAAUUUCUA